AUGUUGGUGGUGGUGGUCGUGCUGCUGGUGGUGCUACUGGUGAUGAUGCAGCUGCUGCUGGUGAUGAUGCAGCUGCUUCUGAUGACAGUGGAGGUGUUGAGAUCCUUUGAGGCGGUGAUGGUGUUGAGAUCCUUCGAGGUGGUGGUGGUGUUGAGAUCCUUCGAGGUGGUGGAGGUGUUGAGAUCCUUCGAGGUGGUGGUGGUGUUGAGAUCCUUCGAGGUGGUGGUGGUGUUGAGAUCCUUCGAGGUGGUGGUGGUGUUGAGAUCCUUCGAGGUGGUGGUGGUGUUGAGAUCCUUCGAGGUGGUGGAGGUGUUGAGAUCCUUCGAGGUGGUGGAGGUGUUGAGAUUCUUCGAGGUGGUGGUGGUGUUGAGAUCCUUAGAGGUGGUGGAGGUGUUGAGAUCCUUCGAGGUGGUGGUGGUGUUGAGAUCCUUCGAGGUGGUGGUGGUGUUGAGAUCCUUCGAGGUGGUGGUGGUGUUGAGAUCCUUCGAGGUGGUGGUGGUGUUGAGAUACUUCGAGGUGGUGGAGGUGUUGAGAUCCUUCGAGGUGGUGGAGGUGUUGAGAUCCUUCGUGGUGGUGGUGGUGUUGAGAUCCUUCGAGGUGGUGGAGGUGUUGAGAUCCUUCGAGGUGGUGGUGGUGUUGAGAUCCUUCGAGGUGGUGGUGGUGUUGAGAUCCUUCGAGGUGGUGGAGGUGUUGAGAUCCUUCGAGGUGGUGGUGGUGUUGAGAUCCUUCGAGGUGGUGGAGGUGUUGAGAUCCUUCGAGGUGGUGGAGGUGUUGAGAUCCUUCGAGGUGGUGGUGGUGUUGAGAUCCUUCGAGGUGGUGGAGGUGUUGAGAUCCUUUGAGGUGGUGGUGGUGUUGAGAUCCUUCGAGGUGGUGGUGGUGUUGAGAUCCUUCGAGGUGGUGGAGGUCAUUUUUGUGUCAUGUGGCAUUGAGGUGCAGACGGUCAAAGAGGCCACAAUCUGA